GGGACCCACGAAACGAUGUUGGAAAUUGUUAUGCCGUAACCGCUGAUGGUAAAUUAGUAUUAUCAAUCGACAAGGAAUUGUACCAAUCGCUAGGACUUGAAGGACAAAAAUCAGUAGGAAACAGUUUUAAAAAUAAAAGCUACUCCGGCAUUUGGUGCAAACAACUUGCCAAUUGAGUCAAAAUGCCAAAAAUAAAACAACCGCUUAAACUGGAGGCUUUGGCUCUGAAGUCCUCGGUGAAAUGGCUCACAGACACUGGCCGCAAGCUCAUGAAAAUUAUAGAGACUCUAACGAAAAGGGAAGUCGGUGGAUCUUCAGAAUUCCUUAAAAGUCAAGUGCAAUUGCUCUACAAUAUAUUCGAGUACAAUGUACCAUGCUAUCUAUUCGAUCGCUUCUGUGAAGAAGUCUUUAUUGCUAUACCGCUUUUAAUUGAGAGCAUCACAAAAGGAGUGGGCAACCAUUCAUCUUCAAUGGGCAAAUAUUUAACCAAAGUGAACGUGGCUGUAUCGCUUGCUGAAGUUGUAGCAUCACCUUUUCUACGAAUUUUGAAUUUCGACGACAUGCCAAAGAUGAUGCGCCAUUUGCUUUACUCGAAGUUGAAACAAAUGAAAGGAUUGGCAUAUCUCAACCUGAGCUCACUAUCGGGCGGAUGGAAGACUUGCGAGAUGGAGCCUGUUGUCCUAAAUAGCGUUAUUUAUCUACACAAUCUACAAGUUCUUAUUUUAAAUUAUGACUGCACUGAUAAUAUCUUAAGAGCCCUGAACACUGCUUGCCCCCGCCUUCGCACGUUAGAUAUAGCUUCAUCUAAGUCGAUUUCAAAUAACAGUAUCAAAUACUUGGUUGAGUUUCCUUGCCUCAGAAGCUUGCAACUGCAUCGAACAUCAGUUUCAAUCGAAGGCUACGUUCAGCUACUCUUAAAAUUACCACUUCUGGAGGACAUCGGACGAUUCGAUGAAAUCGGUCGUUGCCUAGAAUAUAUUGAUAUGACUUACGAGAAUUUUCCGGAUUAUCCUACGUUAAACUUGAAAAUCUUCAGCACUCGCUUUGUCGUCACUAAACACUUGCAAAUAUUAGCGAAAAUGUGUCCUGAAAUAAAGCAUGUUUCAAUUUUCCAUAAUCCAUUGUCAAACGACCUCAUGGCUUUGGUCCCGAUCAAUAAAUUGGCUGAAUUGAGAUUACUUUCAUGCGACUUCUUCGGAGACCAAAUUCGUGACGUAUUGCAAGUGAAAGGAUGUAACAUAACUUACUUACAUUUCGAACAUGUCGAUCAAAUCGAUAUGAACGCUUUGAUGUACAUCAGUCAGUUUUGUCCGGAUUUGAAACAUUUCACCAUUUACAACUGCGAGUUAAUGGAAAGUACGUCAUUGUAUACUCGCCGUUUGGAUAUCCCGCCAUUUAUAAAUUUGGAGAGAUUAACAAUUGCGGCCCAAUGCAAACAUCAGCACCUCGAAUUCAUUUUGUCGAAUUGUUUUAAGAUUAAGUAUAUUCAUAUAGGAACAAUGGUGCCUACGGACGAUGCACUGUUCGAUCGAUUACUUCUGAAGAAUCCGAUGCAAGACUUGGAAGAGCUACGCAUUAUUUUUUCAAAUGAUCUCACCAUAGCAACUGCAUACAAGUUGGUUAACGUUUGUCCAAAUCUCAUGAUUUUAAAUGAGCUAGAAAGCUGGACUAGAAUAAACAAAUUGGAAUUGGAAUGUUUCAAAAUUUUCAUUGAAACGCGUAACUUCGAUUUAAAUAUAAAACCAUUGAGACGGUGCAAGACUGAAGAAGAUGAUGAUAACAUCUAAACCAUCGAACUUAUUAUUAUAAUUGUUUAAUAUUAUUGUUAUGUACUUUGGUUACAAUUAAACCCUUUUUUAAUGUAUAUAAAUAUCUUUUG